AUGAACGAGUGGAACGAGCUGCUGAAGGCGGAACUGUUGCCACCGUCCGGCAGCUACCGGGCGGAUGUCGACGGACCGGGCAGCAUGAAGUGUGGCCUGCUGCGGUCAGCUGUUGCUUCCUCCUUCGCACAGCCACCGGACGAUCACGGGCUCUACCAUCGGCACCCGCAGAAGGGCAUUGCCAACCCACCGGUACUGGAGGAUGCCACGGAAAAGCACGGUUCCUCCUCGGAACUGACACCAGUCGGAUGGCGGGAGAAGGUAGUCGCCUACGAUGACGCACCGGAGCAUUUGCGGUUCAACCCAUUCAUCCGUACCGGCUACCGUACCUAUCUGUCCGCGCGCCUAUGUCUGGAGAGUAUGUUCUGGUGGACGAACGAGACGGUCAACAUCUGGAGUCACAUACUCGGGCUGUGCGUGUUCCUGAUACUCGCGUACUAUGAUACCGCCAUGCUGCAGAUACAGGCAACCACGGUUGAUAAGGUGAUCGUCGGUAUGCUGCUGCUCAGCUUCCAGCUCUGCAUGAUCUUCUCGUCGAUCUAUCACACGUUCUCGUGCCACUCGGCGGACAGCUACGACCGGUUGCUCGCGUUCGACCUCUUCGGCAUCGCCCUCUCACUGCUGGCCAUCUUCAUGAGCGGCAUCUACUACGCCUUCUGGUGCAAUCAGCCUUUGCGCGACUUCUACAUGAUCACGAUCGGGGUCAUCUUUGCCGCGGCCAUGGCCCUGCAGAUCCCCCAGCUGAACGUGCACUCGAACGUGAAAAUGUUGGCCUUUGUUGCCUGGGCCGCGUACGGUGUCGUGCCCACGCUGCACUGGUACUUCGUCAUGGGUGGGACCGAGAGUACGAUGGUGAAGAUCUUUAUCCCGCGUGUUGCCGUGAUGUACGCGUUGUCUGGAUUCGCCUUUUUGAUAUACGUGGCCAAAAUUCCGGAACGUUGGUGCAUCGGUUGGUUUGACUGCAUUGGACACUCGCACAACUUGUGGCAUUUAAUCGUGCUGGCGGCACUGUGCUACUGGCACAACAGCGGUCUUGAUUUUGCUAACUUCCUCAUCGAAAAUGGUUGCGUUAAUGAUAGAGCCAAAUGUUACGCACUGACCGUAAGCGAUGGGCACUAG